CUUUACCGCUCAAAUUAGGGCUUUACUUUUCUUAUUCAGCAAAGCAAAGCACAAAGUCCUCAAAGUUCAGUGCAACAAUGGCGAACGACGUAGACAUGAGUGGAUGGAGUGAGCUUCUACAUUCUUCUUCGAAGCUUCUAGAACAAGCUGCUCCUUCAGUUCAGUUUCCUCCGCUUCAGAGGAAUUUGGAUCAAUUGGAAGCAUUAACGAAGAAAUUGAAGGCUAAAACUUUAAGAACUGAAGCUCCGACUCAAUCUAUUGCAGCAACCAGGCUACUAGCUCGUGAGGGCAUCAACGCGGAGCAGCUUGCCCGUGAUCUCAAGUCUUUUGAGUUAAAGACGACAUUUGAAGACGUUUUUCCUGCGGAGGCAACAACUGUUGAAGAGUAUUUGCAGCAGAUCCAUGAAAUGGCAAUGGUCUCUGCAGUUCAAGAAGCUCAGAAGGAUAACCUAAAAAAUUUCAAUGAUUACAUGAUGAAAGUUUUGGAGAACGACUGGAAGAAAGAGAAAAGAGACUUCCUCCAGAGCCUAAGCCGAAUUUCAACCUUACCUAGGACAAAUAUCAGCGAUUCAAGCCCUUUACGUGGUCGUCAGGGACAAAUAGCAUCUUUGACAUAUAACCCUCAGAUUUCAUCUGGUCCUUCUAGCGUGGAGCCUUUAGCAUUAGCUAAUAGGCCCAUCGUUGAGAAAAAAGCUGCUGCAUAUGGAGAAGUUGUCAAGAAUCUCACUAGUGCAAGAGAGCGUGGUUUACCCUUUAAACCUGCUACAGCUUUUAAGUGUGCUCUUGAGAGUUUGGGUCUUAAUGCAUCUGGUGGGAAGUCAGUUGGCAUUCAGAAGAUCUGGCAUCUAUUGUCGUCUCUGAUGGGUGAAGAUUCCGCUGUCCAACAUAAUGUUUCAAAGAAAAUGUCUUUAGUAAUUGGAGCUAGACGUCACCUAGAAUGGGGUCAUGAGAAGUACAUCAUGGAGACAAUUCAAGCCCAUCCUGCUCAGGCUGCACUUGGUGGCGCUGUUGGUAAUUUGCAGAGAAUCCGCGCCUUUCUCAGGAUCCGUCUAAGGGACUACGGGGUUCUUGAUUUUGAUGCAGUUGAUGCCCGUAGACAGCCUCCCAUUGAUACCACCUGGCAGCAGAUAUACUUUUGCAUGAGAACUGGCUACUACAAUGAAGCAAGAGAGAUUUCCCAACAAUCUCGCAUGUCCCACCAGUUUGCACCUUUGCUUACAGAGUGGAUUUCCACUGGAGGCAUGGUAUCAGCAGAGAUGGCAGCUGUUGCUUCAGAAGAAUGUGAGAAAAUGUUUAGGUUGGGUGAUCGAGGAGGUCGACCCACGUAUGAUAAGAAAAAGUUGCUACUCUACACCAUAAUUUCUGGUUCUCGCAGGCAAAUUGACAGAUUUCUUCGAGAAUUCCCUACACUUUUCUCUACUAUAGAGGAUUUCUUGUGGUUCCAAUUAUCUGCUGUACGUGAGUCUCCUGACAGGUCUUCUGUUGUCCUAAGUGAGGGGUUGGCACCCUACACUUUGGAUGAUUUGCAAGCUUACCUAAACAAGUUUGAGUCAUCACACUAUACUAAGAAUGGAAAGGAUCCGUUGGUUUAUCCAUAUGUUUUACUUUUAAGCAUUCAACUUCUUCCAGCCGUCCUAUAUUUGUCCAAGGACAUGGGAGACGAGGGGUAUAAUGUAGAUGCUGUUCAUAUGGCUAUUGUCUUAGCGGACUAUGGGGUCCUCUCUGAAGGUACAUGGGUAGGUCAAAAAUUUGGGGUCAUGGAUGCUUUUGCUGAAGCCUCUAGCAUAAUUAGGCAGUAUGGAUCAUUUUACCUGCGUCAUGGUGAUCUGUUAAUGUCAUUGGAGUACUAUGUGCAAGCUGCAGCAGCAGUGGGUGGUGGGCAGUUGUCGUGGAGUGGACGUGGUAAUAUUGAUCAGCAAAGGCAAAGGAGCUCAAUGUUGAAACAACUUCUUACAGAGCUAUUGUCGCGGGAUGGUGGUAUUGAUAUUUUACUUGGUCCCAGGGGUACUGGAGAAGAAGGUCAACUUGGAAGGUUUUUGACUGAUGAAAAGACUAGACAACAAUUUCUGCUUGAAGCUGCUCGGCAGUAUCAGGAUGCGGGGCUCUAUGACAAGGUAAUCUUUUCUUUCUUCCUUUUACAUAGUGACAUGAAUGAACUUAUUGCUUUAACUUGGUGUAGGCUCGGGGCGUGACAAAGGUUGGACGGGGAAAGCCAGACUUCUGGGCUUAUUCUUUCAGGAAAUGAGAUCCUGGAGAUGUUCAAAUAUUACCCUGAGAUCAGUCCCCAAGAGAGAGAAAAUGUGUUGGCACAGCAAAUUGUUCUAAGACAGCUGGAGGCUGUGCUAUCCAUUCAUAAGCUUGCAAGACUUGGAAAUCACUUGGAUGCUAUAAAGGAAGUGGCGAAGCUCCCAUUCCUUCCUUUGGACCCAAGGAUGCCGGAUUUCGCUAUGGAUAUCUUUCAAAAUUUGUCUCAUCAUGUCCAAGCUUGUGUACCUGACCUCCUAAAAGUUGCGCUUCAUUGUCUGGACAAUGUUAAAGAUACUGAUGGGUCACUUCGUGCUUUAAGGGCCAAGAUUGCAAACUUCCUUGCAAGCAAUUUGAAUCAGAAUUGGCCUCGCGAUCUGUAUGACAAGGUUGCUCGCAGUUUAUGAAGUUGAAGAAUCACAGUCCGUCUCUGGUGUUGUUUACUUUAGAUGUUCAGCAUUGUAUAAAGAUCAUUGAACAGGCCAAGUUCGGGCAUCCACGUCGUUAGAUUUUACUUGUUGGUGUCCACAAUGGCAAUCUUCUAGACAGUGAAGAUGCACAGUAUUGCCAGUGCAUUAGUUUCAAAAUUUUCGAGUACUUAAUGAUAAGUGUGUCUCGGUGUUAAUGAGCAUGUUUCUUUGCUCGCUUUUGUCUACAGCAGGAUUUGAACACUGGACGUGUGCUUUAACCUACACAUUAUGUGUUACGCCCUUACUACUAGAUUAGAGUUGUGGGGCAGACCUCUUCUUUCACUUUGACAUAUUAACUAGGUGUGUCAAAAGAACAUGAAAAUUGCCCGAAUCGAAUCGAUUUAUCAUUGUUUCAACAAAAUCGUGGACUUUUAUUUAAGUGUAUAACUGUCCCGAAUAAUUGAGAUGGUCCUUUUAA